AUGAUGACCAAAAGCUUUGGUAAAAGUGAUGUCAGCGAGCUGGUCAGUUCCCUCAGCUGGUUGGAGGAGGAUGGCAGCUCUCAGGAUGGAGAUGAAAGCCCCGAAAUAAGAGGGCAUCAUGGCAUGACCUUAGCCAGUCGGAUGAGUUCUUGCACUGAGCUGGGCAGUGAGGACAUGGAGGAAGAAGAGGAAGAAGAUGAUGAUGAUGAAAUUGGAGCAGAUGGAGAAAAUGCUCCCAAACGCAGGGGUCCUAAGAAAAAGAAGAUGACCAAAGCAAGACAAGAGAGGUUUCGUGUCCGACGGGUCAAGGCCAAUGCACGGGAGCGCUCUCGAAUGCACGGGCUAAAUGAUGCUCUAGAUAAUCUGCGCCAAGUCAUGCCCUGCUACUCUAAGACUCAAAAACUGUCAAAGAUUGAGACACUGCGACUAGCCCGCAACUACAUCUGGGCUCUGUCCGAGGUGCUGGAGAGUGGCCAGUCUCCAGAGAGCAAUGGUUUUAUGGAGAUGCUUUGCAAAGGCUUGUCUCAGCCCACCAGUAACCUGGUGGCAGGCUGUCUACAGCUGGGCUCCACUCCUGUGGUACUAAACAAACUGGAGGAGAAGUGUGGCCCAGGUUUGGCCAGUGUUACAGGCCAGACUAACGCUCUCAGUUUCCCAUCGCCGGGCCUCCCUAGUCCCCCAUAUGGAUCCCUGGAGGCCUCACACCUUCUACAGAUGAAAGGCUUCAAGGGACCAGCCUAUGACAACCCCUCCUCAACAGACUGCAGCAGUGGGACGCCUCCGUACGAUGGGCCCCUGACUCCCCCUCUGAGCAUCAGCGGUAACUUUCCUCUGAAGCAGGAGCCCUCUCCUCACGACUCUGACAGGAACUUCAGCUUGCACCCUGGACACCCAGCUCACUACCUCUCCUCACACCACUACCCUGCUGCAGGCAGCCUGACUGCCCACCAAGCACACCCGCUCUUCCAGGCUCGCUUUGAACUGCCUCUGGACGUGGCCUUUGACUCUUUUGCUUCCUCUCACCUGGUCCCUCCUCAAAUGGGAUCUAUGUAA